AUGGUGUGUGCCAUCAGACAACUGCUUCAAAGCCCUCUACUCACUGCCGCUAUUUUCAUCACUGGCAUCGGUGGCACUUUCCAGCUUGGUUUCCAAAUAUCCGUGCUCAACUCCCCAUCCACUUUUAUUAAGGAGCUGGUGAAUGUGACCUGUACCGAGAGAUACGGCCUCCACCUACCGCCAUGGCAACUGUCAAUCAUCUGGUCGUUUGUGGUGUCGAUCUUCUGCAUCGGUGGGCUGAUGGGCGCGCUGAUGGGCGGACGACUGGCGGACAAAUACGGCAGGAAGAGAUGUCUGCUGUGGAAUAACCUGCUGGGCAUGGCAGGGGCUGUGCUGAUGGUGCUUAGCAAAACAGCCGUGUCCUUUGAGAUGAUCAUGGCAGCCAGGUUUAUCUACGGUGUCAACGCAGGCAUUGGCCUGACGGUGCACUGCAUGUACCUGCCCGAGUGCUCCCCGAAGAAGCUGCGGUCAAUGAUGGGCUUCUUUGUGACGACCUUCACCCCUUUUGGAAUUUUCAUUGGCCAGCUCCUGGCGAUGAUGCGUCUGUGGGGGCCUAAGGUUGACCACAGCGCGGAACUGGAUGACAUGCGUGCGGAGGCGGCUGUGUCGAGUGGGCUGCAGAGGAAGGGGGUGAUGGAGCUCUUCAGGCAGCGCUCGCUACGCUGGCAACUGGCCACCAUCAUCUGGCUCCAGACGGCACAACAGCUGUGUGGCAUCAACGCCGUGUACCUGUACGCGUUUGAUGUGUUCAGGAAGGCAGGUAUCCCUCCUCAUCAGCUGCGCUAUGCUGCUCUGGGAACUGGCCUGUGUGAGUUCUCCACUAACGUCAUCUCUGCAAUGGUCAUUGAGCGCACAGGCAAGAAGGUGCUUCUGUUGUGGGGAUACUUUGGGAUGGCCACUACCCUGACACUACUCACAGUUACGCUAUACCUGCAGACCAUCUUGUGGUGGAUGUCUUACUGCAGCUUGAUCCUCGUCUUCAUUGCCAUUGUCUUCUUCUCCAGUGGACCAGCUGGCGUCACCGUCCCCCUGGCUGGUGAGCUCUUUAACCAAUCCUUCAAGGCAGCAGCCUUCACCAUCAACACCACCAUCAACUGGACUGGCCUCUUCCUCCUUGGGAUGCUCUUCCCGCUCAUUGUGGAGCACCUCGACUACCUGUCUUUCAUCAUAUUCCUGUCGGUCUGUUUGUGCACCGGCCUCUUUGUGCACUUCAACGUUCCGGAGACGCGGAACCGCACCGUUCUGGAGAUUGCUGCUGAGUACGACCGGAUGCACAGCAGAUGCAGACGAGGGCCAGCAGCCUCAGAGGAGCAGAAGCACACCCCCUCACCUACACCAAUGGACUAUCCUGUCCAAACAACAUGGCUCUGA